AUGAAAGGUGGAGAUCAAGAUCCACAUGUAAGUCAGGAAACAAACCCGAACCCUGUCAAGCGCACUAGCCGGAAUUUAAGCGAAAAGAAGAGGAGAGAUCGUUUCAACAUUCUCGUCCAGGAACUUGCCGGGAUUGUUUCUCCAGCAGAUUGUCGGAAACUAGACAAAACAGCUGUGCUCGAGCUUGCUAUUAACUUUUUACGGAAACAUCAGUCAAAAGUACAGUCUCAUCCACGAAAUGGCAGUGGAAAUGCGGCGAGUUGGCAGCCAUCGUUUGCCACAGACACAGAGUUCAACUUGAUUGUCACAGAAGCUUUAGACUCUUGUAUAUUUGCGGUCGAAAAUAGCGGCAAUAUAUUAUAUGCAUCUGACAGUGUUUUGCCUCUGUUAGGACAUCUUUCGUACGAACUAAGUGGAACGAGUUUAUUUGGUUAUGUUCACGAAGAUGAUACUUUGAGAUUUUGGACGAAGCUUGCCUUUGUCUACAGUGGCACUGACGCAGAAGCAGCCGACGGUAGUAACAAUUUCUUUAUUCGCUUUAAAUGUGGACGUUUUUGUACGCAAAACACUUUUAAAACAUUGGAAUGUAAAUUUGCAUGCAUUCGUCGGCAAAAAGAAAACGAAGCACCAACAUGUGUUGUUAUUCUUGGAAAGAUCGAACAACCUCAACCGAACAGAAUCGUCAUGACGUCGGACUGUACUGAGAAGGAAUUCUCGUAUCGUCUAACUAUGGAUUGGAAGUAUGUGUUCAUCGAUCACAGGGCGUCUUCUGUUAUAGGAUUUCUUCCGUUUGAGGUUCUGGGUACUUCUGUAUAUGAGUACUGUGGACCUGAAGAUAUCUUCAAUAUUUCUCAGUAUCACAAGUUUCUUCUCCGUCUCGGGAAGGUUACCACUUGUUACUAUCAACAUAGGACAAAAGGACAGUCUUGGGUAUGGUUGCGAAGCUCUUGUUAUGUCUCUUACAAUCAGUGGAACUCAAAACCGGAAUCAAUUGAUUGCACAGCCACAGUUGUGAACUUUGACGAGGUUUGUUUGAAUCAGACUGACACGAUACGACGCGAUAGAGAACACUUUAAAAGAAUUCUCGAAAGACACGGGGAUGAUUCUGUCGGUUCCCUCAACCCUUGGCCGUCGUCUUGGCUUUACGGUAAUGAAGAAGUUGAGCCACAUGAUGGAGGCAAUGAAUGCGAGCAGAAAGACAAAAAUGAAUCGGGCUUCUCCUCACAAUUUCUAACUCGAUUUCUCAAAUUACCUAGUGACAGACUGAUGAAUACUCUAGACAAUCAAAGUAUCGGCGAUGUGGAAAUGGAAUCAGACGAAGAGCCAAAUGAACACCUUGUUUGGCUUGAAAAUGUGAAAAUUCCUCCUGGAUUAUCUAGUGUGCAAAUUGCAAUGCAUAUGAAACUUCAAGAGGAGUAUAAGAAAAUUGCCCAGCAAAUUAGACAGCAGGAAAAACAAUUGAAGACAAUUAGGAAGCUUAUUGAAUGGAGCCGAUUACUUUUGGAAUUAGAUAGGAGUUUUGGAACUUUUGAAGUAGAGGAGUCAUCAGUAGACUCUGAAGAUGUGUUGUCUGUUACUUAA